ACUUUCAAACUUCCGAAGCGCCACUUCUCUGUUGCAUAAAAUCCUGCACCCUCAAGAAACUACAAGACCCAGAAUGCCUUGGAUACAUGCGUGCGCAUGUUUAAAUGUUCCCCUAAAUCUCAUUUCCUCUGACACCCAAGUGAUGGUGGCAAAAGUAGAAUACUAAGGACGCUUAUUGUACGGUAGAAACAAUGACAAAAUGCAUAGUGAAGGGUUGUCGUAACACAAGUCGGAAAAACAAACGUGACCUUGGGGUGACUUUGCAUGGGUUUCCUUGUUCCAUCGAGAGGAUAAAGUUGUGGCUUCAGCAAAUUGGACAAGAUUUUGGUAACCUUGAUUCCUAUGCACAAAAAAUUCUGGAUACACGAAAAAGGAAUAUUUUUCGAAUCUGUUCUGCUCAUUUUGAACCUGAAAAUUAUAUCUGUCAAGGUAUGAAACUGGUUCUUAGAGCUGAUGCAGUUCCAACUAUUUUCCCUGCAAGCAACUGCAGAACAGACAGAAAAGAAGACAUUGUUGUUCCACCUCCCAAGAAAUUAAAACGUAAAGCUGACACUGUACAAACAUCACUUGACAAUAUGAAUCUGUCUGGAACAAAUCAGACUAAUGAAGAAGAAGAAGCUAUAACCUAUGCCAUCCGCAAAUACAUGUUGGAGAAUACAUUGAAGCCGAUGCCCAAAGAAAUGGUGGAUGCCUCUACUUCCACAGAUCCUAAAUACUUCAAUACAGAUCAGGGUGUACAGUGGUCUGAAGAUGAAUUUAAUUGUACAAAACAACCACUAAUGAUAAAGCAUGACCCUCCUACCACUAAUAUUUUCUGUACUCCAUUAGCACCUAAAGAAGAACCAGGAUGGGAUCCAGCCUACAAGGAGGGUAUUUCUAACACUGGUGGCACUAUCUUAUUGCCGUUGCAUAAAGUUCACACCCAAGUAGAUGGUUGUUUGAAUUGUGCAAUGUCACAACACACAUCUUCCACGGAAAAUAUAACAUUUACUGCACCCAAAGUAAUAAAGCUUGAGUCUGAUUCAGAAAGUUCACCUAUAACUAGAACUAAGAGCUUUAUUAAAAGAGAUGUUUCGGAGGCUGCAAUGGCACAUGAAAGGAAGUUUAUUGUUUUUGAAUCUUGCUUAGAUGAUCUAUUCCUAAAACUGAGUUGUGGUUCUGGAAAUGGCUGCAGAGCAUGCAUAACUGGACUUGAGAAAUAUGUUGAUGGCUCAUUUUUGACGGUCAUUGGGCACUGCCACAACGGACACCGUUUCCACCUGUGGCACAGCCAACCUGUAAAUGGGCAGGUUGCUGUUGGAAAUCUUCUAAUGGCAGCUGCUUUGCUCUUUAGUGGGUCUAGCUUUCCUAAGGUAAAGGAGAUGAAUAAAUUGUUAGGCCUUCAACAAAUAAGUGCAGAGACAUAUUAUGACUAUCAGCAGAAAUAUUUAUUUCCAACGGUUGAUGUACACUGGCACCAAGAAAGACAACUGCUUAGGGAUGCUUACAUUAGCAGCCCAUUGUCUCUUGCUGGGGACUGCCAGAAAAACAUUCCAGGUCACUCUACUGAAUACUGCAGCUACACUCUUCUUGAUGUUGCCACUAAGAGAAUUUUGGAUUUUCAAAUUGAACAGAUGUCUGAGAGAACUCCUCCAAUUGCUGGCGAGAAGCUGGCUUUCAAGACCUGUCUUAACAGAAUAUUAGAUGAACAGUUUGAUGUCAAAGCUGUUGCUACUGACUGUGACCCUGGCAUAAAAAAAAUUAUGAGAAAAAAAUAUGGCUACCUUAAGCAUGAAUAUGAUGUUUGGCUUUAUGCUCGUAUUCUGAAACAACGGCUGAAAUAUUUGAGCAAGAGAAAAGCAUGUCCUGAGCUUGAAAAGUGGAUUCCUACCAUUACAAGCCAUUUAUGGUGGGCUGCCAACACCAGCCAUGGAAAUACUGAUUUGCUCCUUGAGAGAUGGCAGUCUUUACUCCCACACUUAGUAAAUCAGCAUAAAUGGAAGGGCAUGAAAUUUAGCUCAGGUUGCACCCAUCGGCCAUUAGCAGCUAGGGAACAGAAGUCCUGCCCGUGGCUGAAAAAAGGAACUUUGGCAUUUUACUCAUUAAGACAAGUAAUAAUACAUCCUCAUGUGUCUAAUGAUUUGCUUCAUUUGUCUCAGAUUUCACAUGCUGAGGAAGUUGAAAUGUAUCACAGAUUUGUUUUAAAGUAUCGACCAAAGUGUAUGCAUUUAAAAAUGGAUGCCAUAGAAGCAAUGACGAAGUUGGCAGUGUUGGCUUAUAAUGCAAAUAUACACAGGCAGAAACUAAGGUGUUUUUCUGUAAAAAAAGGAAAAGGUGUGUUUGGCACAGUGACUCAUGUCCGCAAAUGCCGACUUGCCAAACCUCUGUACCAUGAAGCCUCCAGUGAACAUGUUAUACCUAUGAUGACAGAUGUAAUUAAAAUAUCGUCAGGCAAGCUAUGUCACAGCUGGUUUCCUCGGGUUACCACUGCCCUUAGGCCUUAGCCACCAUAGUGCAGUAACAGUAUCUGAACACCUGAGGACAUUUGAUUUGGACAUGUGCUGCUCCUCAAAAGUUUGCUAAUCAUAAACUAGGCUUUUUGGUAUAAAGUGUAAAAAAUACACGCAGUCUAAAAUUAUUGGAAAGAAAUACCUGCAUUUUUUUUAUCCAAAAAGGAAGGAUGAAACGGUGCUUACUGUAAAGUAAAACAAACUUUAAACCCAUAUAAGUUAAGGAUCAUUUACUUAUGUAAAGUGUAAUUUUGAUUAAUGUAACUAUAAGUAAAUACCAAUGAAACACACACGCUGCAGAUCCUGAUUACAGUGAAUGCUGCAAUAUAAACUGCUUUAUAAUAGAUAAUUUGUCAGUUCUGGUACAUGUGAAUUAUGUAGAUGAUUAGCCUUUUAAUACCCAACACUUUACUACACACGGUGUGAGUGAUAAGUAAAUUGGUUUGCUUUUAUUCUAUAUUAUUGCAAAUCCAAAUUCAGCAGAACUAAUAUUUCUUUUAUAAUACUAAUAGAUUACAGCCCUAUUACAUUUUUUCUAGGUGUUUAAAACAAAAUUACUAAAAACCCUGCUGCGAUUAAAUGUGAAAUUUAGUAAGGUAGUUUGAUAAUGCCCCCCUCAAACUAUAGGCACCAGGGCAGGUAAGCUGUGUUUUGGGAAAGAAGCAGAUUUUUCUACAGCAUACUAUUAAUACCUGGAAAUGUAGGUUCUACGUUGUCUGCAGUAUGUACCUCCCCUUCUGACAAUGUAUCUCUGUCUUUGGCAGGACAAGCAAACUAACCAUGUGUUGCAGCAUGAAUCAAAAUGUUUCUGGUAUAAUAAGCUAAAGAUUUUAUUGUUACUCUUCUGUAUUUAAAGUCUGAAGCUGUUCACAUAUUCAUUGGGAACCUCAGAAUGUCUGUCUGUUUAAUGAUUAGUAACACUUUAAGAGGAGGACUUGCCCCAAUUCAUGUAUGGAUUUAUAAAUAUAUAGAUUAUAUAUUUUGAACCGUUUAUGUCAAGGUUCCUUUUGUCAUUUGUGCCAUUUUUUCUAUGUAAAUAAAAGGAAUCUGUGUGUGUCAUUGCCCUUAUACAGGGUUUUUAUUUUAAGGAAAAAUGAUCACAAAGAGUAUUGCAAAAUAAAUAAUAACUUCAUUAUUGUGUAAAAGAAUAUUCCACAUAAAUUCCUUCCCCAUGGUUCAUAUAUGUUGAUUUGAUUUUAUGUGGGAUCUACUACCAAUACUGUAUAUAACAUGUAAAUAUUGCUUAAAGGAAAACUACAUCCCCAAACAAUGUAGGUCUCAAUAAAAAUAUAUUGCAUAA